AUGGUAGACUUCACUGAAAGCUUCACUGAACCCGUGACAAAUCCCACUCAACCGCUGACAAAUUUCACUCAAUCCGUCACGAAGUUCACUCAGUCCAUUCCAAACGUCACUCAGCCCAUACCCAAGUUCACUAAAAGUAUGACAAACUUCACUAAACGUAUGACAACAUUCUCUCAAAGCUUGACAAACGUCACUCAACGCAUCACAAACUUAGCUCAGCGUGUGCCAAACUUCACCAUUGUGACCGCUUUUUUUAACUUGGGAUCAUUUCGGAAAGGUUUCUGGACAACGUUUACCCCAGAGUUGUACCAAGGAUGGGCGAGCGUGUUCGGCAGAAUGCAGAACAACCUGGUCGUCUACACAGACGACUUGACUUUUAAACAGAUUAUAGAGGACAGCCGACUCGAGCUUAAGGCACAAACAUCUGUUGUUUUUAUACAAAAUCGUUCGUCCUUGUGGGCUUUUCAACUUCGACCACAUAUACAGACGAUUUUCGCAGAUCCCAGUUAUCCCAAGCAUCAUCCGAACACAGUGUUGGCUGACUAUCCAUGCGCGCAGCAUGCCAAGUACGAGGUGGUCGCGCGCACUAUCCAGGACAGGGUGUUUCCCGCUGCACACUACGCAUGGCUGGAUGUUGGUUACUUCCGGGAUAUCGUGGACCAAAAAUUCAGUUUUUCUUUACAAGUGCCCGGGGAUUUUGAUGAUAACAAAAUAGCGUACACAAAAAUAGCCGAAGCUUCCCUAAGCGUUGAACCAGCGACGCUGAUUAAACAAAACUCUCUUUGGAUUGGUGGUGGUAUGUUCAUCGGAACACCCAAAACAUUGCUGACUUAUUUUGAACAAUACAAACGAGCUGUUCAUUUUUUCCUGAGUGAACAGCUUAUGAACAGUGACCAGCAGAUGGUGUAUGGGAUGUUCACAGACAAAGGCAGGCAAAUAAUCAAACCAACUAUAGAGCUUCAACUUUAUACGCCACAGGGACCGGGCAACCCUUGGUUCUAUUUAGGAUUCCAUUGCCUCCGGAAAUUAAACGAUCCUACUGUAUGA